AUGGACUUCCCACUUUAUAAGAACUGGGGCCCGGAUCAUGAGCGUUCGUUUGAUAAGUUUUUUCUCCAAGCCAAGAAAGAUUAUGAGUUUUUGCCUGUAGAUCCUUAUUGUCCUCUUAAUAUUCCUGCUAUACAUCGAGGCGUGAAGAUAAAGAUGCAGGAGAGAGUCCGAGGCAAUCGAAAUCAGGUAAAGAAGGAGUGUUAUGAACUGUGGCUGGAGACUCCCCAAGAGAAAAGAGAUGAUCUUUUCAAGACAGAGGUGUUCGAAGGGAUCGAUAAAAGAUGGUGGGACGACCUCUGCAAGUUAUUUUCUUCUAAUAGGAAGCAGGCGGAGGCAAAAAGAAAUAAAGAUAAUCGGGAGUCAAAGAAGCGAGGUCGAGCAACCUAUACGGGUGGCUCGAGGAGUAUGGUUCGGGCAAAAGAGAGAGUGAGAGCUCGCAUCGAAGAAUCGGGUGGCAGUUCAAGUGCAUUAAAGGAGUAUUUAGGUACCCAUGCGACUUUAGUCGAUCCAGGAGCUGAUACAUAUUCAUGUACAUAUCCCGACACCCAAACUCAAGAGUAUUGUGCUCGGGUGAUCGAAAAGGCCAAAUCAUUAGGGGUCGAUCGAGAACCCAAAUCUACUGCAAUGACCACAGUCUUAGAUGAUGUACAUGGAGGGCAUCAUGGUGGUUAUGAGAGAGGUUUGGGUCACGGUGUCACUAGAUUUUAUUUGAAGACUUCCUCCACUCCGACCUUCGCUACUCCUCCUGAUGUGCUUCGUGAGAUGGCGGAGCUUAAGGCCAAGAUGGAACGACUAACCCAGCUUGUUAAUUAUCAUACCGCUCAUCCACCUUCUGCUCAGCCUUCUCCUGGUGCUCAGGGUUCGGCUGGUGCUCAGGGUUCAGCUUCUGCUCAGCCUUCUCCAGAUGCUCAUGGUUCUACUUCUGCUGCUCAGCAUUCUCCUCAGGAUAUUUCAACACAAAAUCAUAUUACAAGUCGACUGGGGGGCUUGAUAAGGGGCUUAACGCAGGAGGAUUACGGCGAGGACGACGUCCGCAAGGCUUUUGUUGAUUUUCUUCAAUUUAGUCAGCAGUGA